GAUUGUCAUAAAAAUCAUGCAAAUAUGAUAGUUUGGUUCCUAGAAAUUGAAUCAAACACUCUUAAUGUGCAACCAGUGUUUGUGCCCUAAAAUAUGUAUUGGAUACAAGGAUCGAUUCGUAAACGUAAAGCCCCUUCAAUAACCCUGAGUAAAACAACAAAAAUUUUAUAUUUAAUGCAUUACGAUCGUGAUGAGAAUAAAAGACUAGAAAAUGCUAUGUUAAUUUGCCAGUCAGAGUGUAUCUUGAUUUCGAACUGGUAAACUAAGGAAGAUGAACCACAAAAAAUAGAAAUAGGUUUGAAUUACUCCUGAAAGUAAAAUGUUUAAUGCUUAAAUUGAAAAAAUUGUGCCCCUAACCUCAACCUUAAAAGGUGACACAAUCUUGGGAUACUAGGCGAAUCAUUUUUUUGGUGUUUUAUUUUCAUUAUGGCCCGUUCCGCAAGCAAUAGUUUAAUCCAAUUUCAUGAACAAAAUGCUAUUAAGUUUAUAAGAUAAACGCUACGAAGGUUUAUAUAUGUGAAAUGAUGGUUUAGCACUUCUGAAAAAAAUUUAAUAUGACUAAUAAAAUUUGUACCCUCAAAAUGUCACUCAUCACUGAUUACCUCAAGUACUUAGAUCGCUGCUUAACGCCCUACCAUGUUGUAGUGGAGACCAUUACAAUCUUGGACGAACAAGGAUACAAGCGAAUAUCACUGCAGGAUCUUGAUAGUAUCGGUCCUGGGAAGUACUACAUAUUUGUGUUCAACACGGUAAUAAUACCGAUCGUAAUACCUGUUGACCCUGUGGGUAUCCGUAUGGUAGCUACGCACAGUGACAGCCCGGUUCUAAAGCUAAAGCCAAAUUUUAGUGAUACAGCCGAAAAUAUGUGCAUCGCUCGAUUGCGUCCCUACGGGGGUGGAUUGUGGCACACAUGGUUCGACCGUUCGUUGAGUGUUGGUGGAUUGGUUAUGCUCAAGAACGGCAGGCGAGUUCUUGUUGAUAGGAUGUUCGAUGUGGUCGUGCCUUCAUUGCCACCGCAUUUAAAUAAUUCUAAGGUGUAUAACAACGGUUUUUUGUAUGACAAGGAGCGUGUUUUGAACGGGUUGGUGAUGGUGGAUACAAAAUUAGAUGACAAGGUUUUUACAGGUCAGGGCUUCGAUAUGGAUGACAAGGUUGGAAACAGAUGUGAUUCUGGGUGUGGAAAAUGUGAGAGUAAUGAUGAACAUGAUAGAUCGCUCAGUAGCAAUUCUGUGUUGGUCGAAGAAAAUAGUCUGCAUGCUAACAGUCAACCAACAUGCCAGGACAAAAGUAUGCUCGAUACAAGGGAUAAGAGCGAGAAUGACGUGCAUUUUAAACUAGAAGAUAUAAUUUCGCACAAUCUUUCGCUUUAUGACUUAGCACAUGCAGAAAUACUCAAUGAGCAACUCAUAAUGAGUGCUAGACAGGACAAUCUCCUAUCAACAUUUGUGGGCCUAAAGGCGUUAAACACCGAAGGACGGAGCAUCAAGGUGCUCGCAGUAUUUGAUUUUGAAGAAAUAGGCUCAAUGCAGCUUGAUGGUGCAAGGUGUACAUUCCUAAAGGAUGUGUAUACCCGUCUUCAAAAGAACCUUGCGAACCCUUAUGACUCAAUGAUCAUAAGCCUGGAUGUCGCUCACACGUACAAUUUUAAUUACGAUGAAUUCUACGAGAAGAAGCAUCGUAUAAAGUUCAACAAAGGUAUUGUAGUUAAGCAUAGCGCAGCGUAUGCUACGGAUAUGGAUGGAACCGCGUUUAUAAAGCAGCUGUCGGGUUUUAAGUGUCAAGAUUUUUGUCUAAGAAACGACAUAAGAGGUGGCGGUACCAUAGGAACAAUGCUCAGCACACUCUUGGGGACACGAUGCAUUGAUCUUGGAUCACCGAUAAUGGCUAUGCACUCGAUACGUGAAACGAGCUCUUGCAAGGAUGUAACGGACACUUUCCAAUUGCUGUACGAUUUCUACAAAUCAUGAUAACAAAUGAUUAAAACAAUGCGGUUUACCCGAAUAUUACUGUUGUUAAAGGAUACUUCAUUUGAUGUUGAUCUGAAGAUGUAUAAGUUCUAACAAUGCUGUUUUUAAUUCCU